CAAGAUGCCAUUUAAAGGGCGUGACGUCAUGGAUCUUACCCCCGCGACCAAGAUCACCUCGAAAGUCUUUCUCCAUCUUUCGCACAUCUUUCAGCUUUCUCACAAUUCCAUUGCAACAAAGCCAUCAAAGAAAGAAGCAAGUCAAGGCCAACUAAUAACAAAGCAAUAAUACCAAAGCAACCAUGAACGAAGACGAGUGUCCGUAUGAGAUUUUGGGUGUGCCCAAGGAUGCCAAUGAGAGUGACAUUAAGAAAGCCUACCGAAAGCUUGCCUUGAAAAAUCAUCCCGAUAAGCAGCCCACCGAAGAAGCCAAGGAGAAAGCACAAUCCGUCUUUGCUAAAAUUGCCAAUGCCUACGAGAUACUCAGUGAUCCAGAAGAACGAGAGCAAUAUGAUUUGAGAAAGAAAUACGGAGGAGCUCCCGGCACACGAUACACUACCACCGCCACCCCCGCCUCUUCACAACCCACGUAUACUACUCCUUCCGGUACACCGGCAGGCAGUACUAGCAAUAGUUAUCCACGCACCACGCGACGCACUUCUUCCACGCCCACUUCCACAGGAAAAGGAGGCCCUGCCAGCACGUCGUAUUCCGUCAAGGAUGGUCAGUACACGGCCACGGUCACCACGGAUGAUGGGUGCACGUACACGUUCGGGGGAUCCGCCAAUGAAUUCCAAGAUCCCUACGAUGUCUUUCGCAAAGUCUUUCAAGACAAGUUGGGAGAAGAUUUGCCCGCGGGAAUGCAAUCACCCAAACGAACCACAAUGCCCACCGCCAACAACUCCAGUAUGCCCACUAGCACUUUCAACGACAUGCCCACUAGCAUGCCACAACCCAAAAAGACGGUCCGUACUGGAACUCGCACAUCCACCAAAAUCGAGGGUGACAUGAAGAUCAUCACCAAAACGGAAACACUGCCGGACGGAAGGACCCGCACGUCCGUGGAACAUGUUCCCAUUGAUACCAACCCAACCACAACUACAUUCACUCCAAUGCAAACCGCCCCAAUCCAAACUACAACCGCCGCAACUCCAACCCCAACGACUCCCAAAAAGAAGAAAUUUUCAUUCUUUCCACAAAGACAACAAAAGCAGCAACAAAAGCAACCCCAUCGCAGUAGCAUGAUGCAACCCACCAACCGAAUGACAAUGCCUCCUACCAAUAUCCAAAGUGGUGGGAGCCAACCAAUGGGACGAUCCAUGAAGACGCGAACGAUCCAACACGACAAUGGGACGGUCGAAACCAUUACUGAAAUCACCGAAACCAUGGCGGAUGGAUCCACACGCACCAGUAGUUCGUCCAAAUUCUCCAGCGACAACAGCAACAGUACUGGAAGUCGUCGCAGCAGCAUGCCCACCAGACGCCGCAUGGUGGUCAUGGGCUAGAGACUGCUCUUGCAGCUGGUAUAGUAGAGUCAAGCAAUAAUGUUUCAUAGUUUCAUAUUAUAGUUAUCUAUCUAUUGAUUGUGCUA